AUGAAAGAAUCCGGCGCUCAUCCUUGUAUUGCCCGUUACGACGCUACGGACCCUGCAACCACUCCUGAGGCGCUGGCCGAUAUCAUCAAGCGUGAUGGUGGUGUCAUUGUCGAGAAUCUGAUCCCCCGCGAGCUAGCGGCGUCCAUUAAAAAAGACCUGAAACCAUAUUUCGACGAGGACAUUCCGGAUAAGUACGGCUUCUUUCCGCCAACCACCCAAAGGGCAUCCGGCUUGUUGGGUAUCUCAGAUGGAUGUGUAGAACUCGCUUGUAACAAGCUCUAUACCGACGUCGCAAACAUGCUCGUCUCUUCGUCAUAUACCUUCUGGAGAGGCGAUCAACAGAAGACGGUUAGCGGAAAGCCGAUUAUUUCCUCUACAGUUGGAUUCAGAGUGAAUCCGGGAGGAACACAACAGGUUUUGCACCGCGAUGAUAACGACUACCACCCCCAUGACAAGACACUCCCGGUAAUGAUUGGCUGCGUAACCGCGUUGACCAAGACAACAGCUGCCAACGGUGCUACCGUUGUCAUUCCAGGAUCGCACCUCUGGGGGCCGGAACGUCGACCGCUGGAUUCCGAGACUGUUCCAGCUGAGCUUGAGCCCGGAGAUGCGCUGAUCUUCCUUGGAAAUACCUAUCACGCAGGCGGCGGGAACAUCACCAAAGAUGAGUACCGGGAAACUGUUGGGAUCUUUUUGUGCCAGCCAACAUUACGCCCCGCGGAGAACCAGUUUCUCAUGGUUCCCUUAGAGAAGGUCAGAAAAAUGAAACCCCAGGCCCAGAGACUGUUAGGCUACGGUUUGUGUGAGCCUGGUGUUGGGUUCAUGAAGUAUCAGGACCCUAUGAGAGUCCUUUUUGGGGUUGAGGAUGAGGAGACCGUCGACUUUUGA